AUGACCACUGCAGCUGUUUUCGGCUGUACAGGGCAAUCGGGCUCUCAGAUCUUAGCCACUCUCCUCGCGUCAGACGCCUUCUCAUCCGUCAAGACUAUCUCAAGGAGACUCCCGAAUGUCCAAUCUUCAAAGCUCCAAGCCCUCCAUGAAGUCGACACCUCGAAAUGGGGAGGAAUGAUCUCAUCCCUUUCUCCCCGGCCAUCAGUGGUCUUCAACGCGGUCGGCACCCAAAGAUCCAAAGCCGGCAGUCUCAAUAAUCAGUGGAAGAUCGACCAUGAUUUAUGCAUAGAGAAUGCCAAAGCAGCCAAGGACGCGGGGGUGACGACAUAUGUGUUCAUAUCCGUUGAUGUUCCCAGCAGCUUUCUCUCUAUGUUCGUUCCCUACUGGAAGAUGAAGCUUGGAGUAGAGAAUGCCAUCAAGGAGCUCGAGUUCGAGCAUGCUAUUAUCGUGAGGCCAGGUAUGCUCAUUGGAAAUGGGGAGCCUAAAGCUCCGUUCUUGGAGCAUUAUAUCUUUGGCCAGCUGAACAAGCUGGGACAAGGCAUCCAGGACAGAUUCGCUCAGCAUGAAGCCGUUGUUGGCAGAGCAGUUGUAUCAGCCGCUCGUAUGGCUGAAGAGGGAAAAGCACCGUCGAAAUAUUGGAUUCUCAAACCGCUCGAAAUCGUCAGGCUUGGGAGAGACGAAUGGAAGGGGUAA